AUGAUUUUCUUUUUCCUUAUUCCUGUUGCCAAUUCAUGUAUACCUACUCAGCAAGUGGAAAAACUUGUGCCAAAAUAUUUUAUGUUUGAAUAAGAAGUAUGCUGUUAUACUCAAUGAUCGUGGUCUCGAAAAAUUUUAAAAGUCUUCAGCAACAACUACGACGACAACGUCCACAACCACAACAACUCCUAUUCCAUGUCCAACUGGCUGGGAACAAUUCGAGAGGCCUAGUGGAACAUGGUGUAUCCAGGUGAGACGAAUUUUGUAGUCACCUAUAUUUAUAAUUGCUGGAAGCCGUGCGGAAGCAGAAAGCGCUUGUGCUGCACAGGGAGCAGUCUUAAGCGGAAUUCAGAAUCAAUCGUAGUUAGACUUCAUGACUGCUUCUUUUAUAUCUCUGCCUGGUUCAAUGAUGAGUUCAAUUUGGAUUGGCUCUAAAAGGACGGCUGCGUGUACUGGGCAACAAUUGACGGCUACAUGUACCCCUCUAAAUUCUUUCGAGUGGACUGACGGUUCAACAACUGGCACCGAUGGAUAUGUUUGGAGGCUCACCGGAGAACCGAACAACGCAUCAUUGAUGGAAGACUGCCCCGUUGUUGUCUCAGUGACGGGUAAACUGGCUGAUCAAAUAUGCACCAGAACUGAUUUCACUGGAUACGCAUGUGGAAAAGCUCCAUAA